AUGGGGUGUAACCAGAGUAAGGGAGUACACGAGUUCCGAGGGAAGAGCAAGGGUUGCGUGAGCGGCCAGGGGGAGGGGCAAGGGCACUUGCAAGGACAGUUGAACUUGCGAGAAGGAAAUGCAGACACAUCGGAUGAACUGGCAAUCAAUCCAGGAAUGUAUGUGAGAAAGAAGGAGGGGAAAAUAGGAGAAUCGUAUUUUAAAAUAAGAAAGUUGGGAAGUGGAGCCUACGGAGAAGUUCUUCUAUGUAGAGAAAAAAAUGGACACACUGAAAAAGCAAUAAAGGUGAUAAAGAAAUCUCAGUUUGAUAAAACACGAUAUUCAGAAUGUAGAAAUAAAAGUUGCGAAAAUGAACAAAGCUUGAAUGAAGAUAUAUAUAAUGAAAUAUCCUUAUUAAAAUCAUUGGAUCAUCCGAACAUUAUUAAGUUGUUCGAUGUCUUUGAAGAUAAGAAGUACUUUUACUUGGUAACUGAAUUUUAUGAAGGAGGAGAAUUAUUUGAACAAAUAAUUAACCGACAUAAAUUUGAUGAAUGUGACGCUGCAAAUAUUAUGAAACAAAUUCUAAGUGGCAUUUGCUAUUUACACAAACAUAAUAUAGUGCAUAGGGAUAUAAAGCCAGAGAAUAUUUUACUAGAGAAUAAAAAUAGCUUGCUAAAUAUAAAAAUUGUGGAUUUUGGAUUGUCUUCCUUUUUCUCCAAGGAUUAUAAACUGAGGGAUAGACUAGGCACAGCAUAUUAUAUUGCACCAGAAGUUUUAAAAAAGAAAUAUAAUGAGAAGUGUGAUGUAUGGUCUUGUGGGGUGAUCAUGUACAUCCUCCUUUGUGGUUAUCCUCCAUUUGGUGGACAGAACGAUCAAGACAUUAUUAAGAAGGUGGAAAAGGGAAAGUACUACUUUGAUUUCAACGACUGGAAAAAUAUAAGUGAUGAAGCGAAGGAUCUCAUAAAACUUAUGCUAACGUAUGAUUUCAAUAAAAGAAUAACUGCCAAGGAGGCUCUAAAUAGUAAGUGGAUUUUGAAGUAUGCAGAUAAUAUAAAUAAAAAUGACCAGAAAACUUUGUAUGGAGCUUUAUCUAAUAUGAGAAAGUUCGAAGGGAGUCAGAAGUUAGCACAGGCUGCUAUUCUUUUCAUCGGGAGCAAACUUACCACUUUGGAGGAACGAAAGGAACUUACAGACAUUUUUAAAAAGUUAGAUAAGAAUGGAGAUGGUCAACUGGACAAGCGCGAGCUCAUUGAGGGAUACAACAUUCUACGAAGUUUCAAGAACGAAUUGGGUGAACUGAAAAACGUCGAAGAAGAGGUAGAUAACAUUCUCAAGGAGGUGGACUUUGACAAAAACGGAUAUAUUGAGUACUCAGAGUUCAUUUCCGUCUGCAUGGACAAGCAAAUUUUGUUCAGCGAGGAGCGGCUGCGGGAUGCCUUCAACCUGUUUGACACGGACAAGAGUGGGAAGAUAACCAAGGAGGAAUUGGCAAAUCUGUUUGGCCUGACAUCCAUAAGCGAGAAAAUGUGGAACGAUGUCCUGGAUGAGGCGGACAAGAACAAAGACAGCAUGAUCGACUUUGAAGAAUUCGUGUCCAUGAUGCACAAAAUAUGCGACCACAAGACGCCCUGA